GCUUGGCAGUGCUAGAGUGCAAUAGUAUCAGCAUCAGAGGCUGGAGACAGAGCAGGCAGGGACUGCUGAAUGGCAUGUCAGAUUCUAAGCAAAUGUCACUGCAAGAAGGGGCAACUUAUAAUGAAGCAUGACAAAUAGAAAUCGUGAACUGCUGGGAUUCUCAAGGGGAUUUUUUUCAAUGAAGUGAAAAGAGAGCUGUGCUCUAUACUGCAGCAGAGGAGGCAAAGGCUUUUACAAAGUGAAGAACUGAUCCAGCUGACACUUAACAGCAUGGCACAUACCCUCAUCCCUUUAUUCCUUAUCUAUGGACUUCAUUUCACUGGAGCUUUGGCAGUAGAUACCAGGCAACCUAGACUACGUUUGUCAUAUAAAGAGCUCUGGGAUUUAAACAGAACGUCAGUCUUCCACAGCCCAUUUGGAUUUCUUGAUCUUCGGAUCAUGCACUUAGAUGAGUAUCAAGAAAGAUUGUUUGUUGGAGGAAAGGAUCUCCUCUAUUCACUCAGCUUGGAACAAGUCAGCGAGAACUACAGAGAGAUACAUUGGCCAAGUACAGAACAACAAAUUGAUGACUGUUACAGGAAAGGAAGAGAACCGAGUGAAUGUUCAAAUUUUAUCCGUGUUAUUCAACAUUAUAAUAGAACCCAUCUUCUGGCCUGUGGAACAGGAGCUUUUGAUCCAAUAUGUGCCUUUCUGAGAGUUGGCCUUCGUUCACAGGAGCACAUAUUUCAGCUUGAACCACAGAAAGUAGAAAGAGGACGUGGGAGAUGCCCUUACGACCCCGACUCUUCAAUUGUUUCUACCUUUACUGGUGGUGAGUUAUUUGUUGGUCUGUACAAUGACUUCUGGGGGAGAGACGCUACUUUAUUUAGAAGCAUGGGACAUCUACCCCAUAUUCGAACAGAACAUGAUGAUGAUCGUAUCCUUAAAGAACCAAAGUUUGUAGGCUCCUACAUGAUUCCAGACAAUGAAGACAAAGAUGACAAUAAAAUAUACUUAUUUUUUACUGAAAAAGCAAUGGAAGAAGACAAUGGAGUUCAGGCUAUUUACUCCAGAGUGGGUCGGGUCUGCGCAAAUGAUAUUGGAGGACAGAGAAUGAUGGUAAAUAAAUGGACCACCUUUCUAAAAGCUAGGCUAACCUGUUCAGUCCCAGGACCCAAUGGAAUUGACACAUACUUUGAUGAACUCGAGGAUGUUUUCUUGUUACACACCAGAGACAGUAAGAAUCCAGAGAUAUUUGCAUUAUUCAGUACUACGAGCAACAUAUUUAAAGGCUACGCAGUAUGUGUGUAUCACAUGGCUCAGAUCCGAGAAGCCUUUAAUGGCCCGUAUGCUCACAAAGAAGGCCCAAACUAUCACUGGUCAAUGUAUGAGGGGAAAGUCCCUUACCCCAGACCAGGCACGUGUGCCAGUAAGGUGAAUGGAGGCCAUUAUGGCACCACAAAGGAUUAUCCAGAUGAGGCUCUUCGCUUUGCUAGAAGCCACCCAUUGAUGUAUAAGUCUAUUAGGCCUGUUCAUAGAAAGCCAAUACUUGUAAAAGCAGAUGGAAAAUACAAAUUAAAUCAAAUAGUGGUUGACAGAGUUGAAGCAGAGGAUGGACCGUACAAUGUUGUCUUCAUUGGAACAGAUAAAGGGACUGUACUGAAAGUUAUUACUAUUUACAAUCAAGACACUGAGACUAUGGAAGAGGUUAUUCUUGAAGAACUUCAAGUAUUUAAGGAUCCCGUUCCUAUUAUUUCUAUGGAAAUAUCAACAAAAAGACAACAACUGUACAUUGGAUCGGAAUUUAGUAUUGCUCAAGUAAAAAUUCAUCAUUGUGAGAUGUAUGGUUCAGCGUGUGCAGAUUGCUGCCUGGCUCGAGAUCCGUACUGUGCAUGGGAUGGCAUCUCCUGCUCCAGAUACUACCCAUCUGGGGCCCAUAAUAAAAGGCGAUUUAGAAGGCAGGAUGUGCGGCAUGGGAAUGCAGUCCAGCAAUGCUUUGGACAACAGUUUAAUGGUGAAACUCUGGAAAAAACAGAAGAACAAAUAGUUUACGGUAUUGAACACAACAGUACUCUGUUGGAAUGUAUGCCACGUUCUUUACAAUCUAAGGUUGUCUGGUUUGUACAGAAACCACAUGAAACAAGAAAAGAGGAGAUUAAAACAGAUGAAAGAGUUAUCAAAACAGAUUAUGGCCUUCUGUUUCUAAAGUUACAUCGUGCAGAUGCUGGGGUCUACUUUUGCCAAACUGUUGAGAACACUUUUGUGCAUACCAUUCGAAAAAUCAGCCUUGAGAUUGUUGAAGAAGAUCGUGUAGAUGAAAUGUUUCACAAAGAGGAAGAGGAGGAAACAGUUCAGAAGAUGCCUUGUCCAGCGCAAACCAACAUCCCUCAGGUUUCUAAAUCUUGGUACAAGGAAUUUCUGCAACUUAUUGGAUACAGUAAUUUCCAGAAGGUAGAGGAAUAUUGUGAACGAGUGUGGUGUACAGAUAAAAGAAGAAAAAGACUGAAAUUGUCACCAAAUAAAUGGAAAUAUGGAAACCCACAGGAACGGAAAGCAAGAGUGAAGUCUGAACAUUAUAGAAUGCCAAGACAUAUAUCUGGACCAUGAACGGAUCCUGUUCUGCUUUAUACAAAGAUUUUGUUUAUUUUCAUAUUGGUAUAAAAAAAAAGACUAGAAAUGCUAUAUUUGUAGUGAACUUUCCUUCUAUUCUGAAACAUUUGACUGAUCUGGCAUUAUGUAAAUAUUUAUAUAUAUAUGUUCUUGUUAUGGUUUAAAAAUGUUUACUUGUAUACAGUAUAUGUGUAUUUUUGAAAGUUUUCUAAAUGAUUCCAAUGUUCUUCCUUUUUUUAAUUUAUCUUUGGCUUUUUAGUCUAAAAUUACAGAACUAAGUUUCAUACAACAAAAAAACAGUAUUCUUAGAUUUGUUUAAAGAGGGUAUUACGGUAAUAUUGCCCAAUUAGAUGUGGAUAUGUCACUUUUUUGGCAUUAGGGCUACAUAUCAAAAACAAACUUUGUAUAAUAUGAAGCACAUUCUUUGACAAAAUAAUUGAUUUCCAAUGCUGCAAACGUUAAAUCAUUUAUUAGAAUGUCACUGUAGUUUUCUCUUUAAAUAAGCAAUUAUUUCCAUAAAAUUGUAUAUUGUUAUAAUGUACGGUCAAAUUAUUUUGUCCUUUAUAUAUAAAUUUACUAAGUAGUCACAGAUGUUUACUUACUUAGUAAUAAAGGUCUGCAAGA